AUCAGCGCAAAGCUGGAUCCUCCUGUAACUUUUAGUGAGCUGAAGUUUACCUCGGCGGCGGCUUGCUCAAUUCUGUCCGGUUUGGCUAAGUGCUGCUCGUUAGCCAUGACUUCAUCACCAGUCCACAGUGCGCUCUUUCUGUGCGCCUUCCUCCAGCUGUUCUCUCUUCCCGGCGGACACGUGCCAAACUGCCAGGAGGUGCGCACAGUAUUUCAGUCUCUACACCCGGGCUCCAAGUGGGUCCCCGAAGCCCCAGUGUCAGGUGCAGAUCUGCAGGUUUGCCAAACCAAAGGCCCGACCUGCUGUUCCAAGAAGAUGGAGGAGCGGUAUCAGGUAGCCGCACGCAGCAAUAUGGAGUCUGGUCUGCAGGUUGUCAGCGCACAACUCAAACGUCUCAUCAUCCAGAACGCUGCGAUUUUCCAAGAGGCCUUUGACCUGGUGCUGCGUCACGGACGUAACUCCACCCUGACCAUGCUGAAGUCAGAGUUCCCAGCUCUCUCAAGCGGUGCCCAGAGCUCUGUGGGGCAGCUCUUCCUGGACAUGUCACUUUACAUUCUUGGCUCGGACUCCACGGUUGACCACAUGGUGGCGGUGCUCUACGGCCGCCUCUUUCCCCUCACAUACCGCCGCCUGCUGGGAGGCAGUGGAACCUCUGUGUCUGAGGAGUGUGUAAGAGGAGCUUGGAAGGACUCGGGAGCAUUUGGCCCUUAUCCUAAACUGAUGAUGACUCGUCUCUCUCGCUCCCUCCUGGCCACACGAGUCUUCCUGCAGGCGCUGAACCUGGGUAUUGAGGUUGUCAACACAACAGACCAUCUGCGGCCCGGCCGAGAAUGCGGCCGGUCCCUGCUGAGGCUGUGGUAUUGCCCGCACUGCCAGGGCAUGCUGGGGCCGCCAGCCUGCAGAGGCUUCUGUCAAGCAGUGAUGCACAGCUGCCUGGGGGGAGCUGCAGACGUUCAGCCUCAUUGGAGGAGUUAUAUAGAUGGACUGGGGAAGUUGGCUGGUGCCAUGAGGGGAGAGCAGGAUAUGGAGGCUGUUGUUCUUAGACUGCCUUCAAUGAUUAAACUGGCUCUCAAACAUGCUGUGAAUGCCCGCAGCCACCUCAACACCCUGGUGAGCGGGAUGUGCGGACACACUCCUCAGCGUGCCUCCCGCUCCGUCGGCUCCCCUCCCUCGCAGCCUCCCGCUGACGCCGCAGCCCGCGGUUCUCAGCCUUCAUCCUCAGACUCUGAUGAGACUUUGGCAGGCCUCCGCAGGGAGUUCAUAACCAGCCUGAGAGGCUUCAGCUCCUUUUAUAGUGGUCUCGGGGAGGCGUUAUGCAGUCGUGAGCCCGCUCCAGCGAACCACUCCCUCUGCUGGAACGGGCAGGAGAUGACAGACAGGUAUCCUGGGCCUGGCCUAAAACGGCAGCACCCCAGCUCAGAGUCUAGGAGCAGCAAGCCUCCCGAGCCGGUCAUCAGCCAGAUCAUAGACAAACUCAAACACAUCAACCAGUUGCUGCAGAUUGUGACAGUGUCUGAGAAGCGCUGGAGAGCCCGGUCUCGUGGAGCAGGAGCGGACGGGUGGAGCGAUGAGGGGGAAGAGGGAUUCGAGAGCGGCGACUGCGAUGACGAAGACGAAUGCACGGGCGUGUCGGGGCUGGGGCCGCCGCCCAGGCGCAAACGGUUACGCAUCUUUGCAGACCUUUCUGAUAACCUGGCAAUGGAUGACUUCACCUUCCAGGAGCAGCUGUUAACCCCUGGUUUGGCUACAGCUGGGGUCGGAGGGGUCUCAUCACUGGCGGCUCCGCUGUGGAGGAGCUACCUGGUUCCAGGCUUCUCCUUGAUGCUCAGUCUCUUCCUGCUCUGCCCCCACUGACCCAUGCACUCUUAUCACCUCUUCCCUCUAGGAUUCAGUACAAAAUGUGUGGAAUGUGACAAACCUUUUUUUUUUGGAGUUCUUGUUCCCGAUAUAAAGUUUAGUGGCUCACCAGAGGACGCAUGAACAACAGAAAAUGCUACAUUUCUCUUUAUCUGUCUGAACAAGAGCCUGUUUAGUUUUAUUCAAAAUCAGUGGGUGUUCUUAACAAACCUAUUUAAGCACAUUAGACGGCAUUGUGUAAAUAAGAAACUUGCCCACUGGUCUGCUGAGACUAUGGUAAUUUCAACUUUUGUGUCCUGUUGCCUCACCUGUUCUCACACUCACUUCUUCUGUAAAGUAACAAAGUGAUGGAGUCUCUCAUUUCUAGACAGCUCUCUUAUGGACCUAACACACAACAGGCCUUUAAAAAAUGCUCCCUGCUCAGUCUGUGCUGAGUCAUAGCCCCGCAGGUAUAAGCUGGAAGAAGAAGAAAUCAGCUCCUGCCAUUUUCCUUCAUGGUACUUCAUGAUCUCCUGCCAGGGUUGGACUUCAUCUGGGGAGUUUCAGUGAACUCCUUCUCCCCGAAGGAUGGGGAUGAAUCACUUAUUUAAACAUGCACUGUUCCUUAAAAUGCUCUGCUAUUGCUUGUCCUUCUCUCUGAUUGUUUAUGUCCUAGUGAUAGCUAAAUUAUUACCAACUGCUUCCUUCACACACCCACCAUCACUGUUUGCUCUGUUUUGUAAAGCUGGUGCAUUUUUUUAAACAGUAACAGCCCUGUGAUAAAAAAAAAAAAAAUUCAAGGGCUAUCAUUAGAAUAUAAGUCUCCAAAGUCAGCCUGAUAACUGUACAGGUGUAUGUUUCUCUGUGUUGGUGCCAUGUUUACAUAAAUGUGUUUAUUUACAAUACAUUUUGGUUUGUGGACUGAAUUAUUUGCUGGAUUGUGAAGCCUUGCUGCAAUUUCGAGCUUACUCUUUAGCACUGUGCAUAAAGCGAGCAGUAAUGUGAAAUAUAAAUAUGUAUAAAAACCAUGUAAAUUAAUUUUGUUAUGCUGCAUUGGUCUCAUUCAUUUUCCAAGGAUGGCCUCUGUAUUUAAUCUUUUUUUCUGUGCUUUUUGGGUUAAUACCAAAAUGUUUGAUUUUUUUGUUUUGUUUUUGAUGGAUGCAUGGUGCUGCUGCUGCCACCCAGCUGACUCCACAGCUGUGAGUGUUGACUGCCCUCACAACCUGCUGUUUGACUUGUCAUAUCAAGAGAAGCACAGGUGUACAGCUAAGUCAUGUGAGCGAUCCAGCAUGCUGACACGACUUAGCUGGCAAUGCCAGGGUCCUGGCACUGGAACACCAAAACAAGGUGCAGGCUUAAUUAAUUAGAUUAGGUCCACCUGAUUAAUGUCAACUAUGGCUAGUCACAAGAACCAGGCCAGUGUACUAUGAAGCAAGUUCAACAUACCCAGGGUAUCUUUCCAUUAUCUGGAGUCACUUAUCCCAACACUGGCAAUCAGGAUAAGCGGUCACACAAGUUAACCCAGGGUUUCCUAAUCUAGGUAUGAGUGCAUUAACAUGAAAGGGGUGGUGUCUGCAACAUCUGACCAGUCACAUUUAUUAAUGUACCGGCAACUGAGCCGCUUUUACAAAGAAGAGCAAACUAUAAUAUUAGAAAAAAUAAGAGUAAUAAUAUAAGAGGUUACACACAUCAUACAAAAUAAAAGUAACACAGCUGCUGCAGAUAAAUCAGUGGUGUGAGAGGAAAACCACUGUACAGUAGUUUAGUGUUAAAAGCGCUGUAUGAAUUUGUGUGCGUGCUUUAAAAGUUUUGGUCAGUAAGACUGGAAAAGAGCUACUGUAUUAAUAAAAUGAAGCCUAUUUGAAGGCAGGAAGAAAAGCUGGCAAAGUCGCCAGUUGUGUUAGUUAUAUGAUAAGAGACUUAGCAGCAUCACAACUGUAUCAUUAAGACACAGAAGAAUUUGAUGGGUUUAUUUCAGUAUUCCAUUAAAUUAAUGUUCAGAUUUGCAUAAGACAGUUUUAGUUUUUGUUCUUUCAGCUGCAGCCCCGGUGGUGUUUAAUGCUCUGAGAGCAAGAAUGAAUACAGAAACAGACUGCAAAUGGAGGCUUAGUCUACCUGCGAUUGAUAUGAAGUCAACAAGUACAAAUAAGUGUACCAAUUUAUGCAGUAAUGCUUACAGAGCAACAGAAAUUGUUGUAAAAUUGUAGCCAAGAUAUUUAAAGUUAAUAAAUCUGUAUUUAUUACUGCUGUUCAUUCGGGAAACACAAAGACUUCAGACACUAUUAAAAAAAAUUAGACCCUCCUACUAUCUGCACACAGAGGUCCAAGAGAUCUUCCAGGAAUGGUGACACUAUUUUCCAGAGAUCUGAUUGGUCAUACCUGCUGAUCUCUAAUCUGGAACCUAACCUGGUCUGGAGCAGGAUAGCCUCACAGCAUGAGUUACCAUGGCGAUGUAACCUGGUAAAAACUCUGGUUAACCCCAAAGUUAUCUGGAUAAGAUGAAAUCCUGCUUCAUAGUACAGGCCUCUGGGAGUCAUAGAAAAUAAUGAUGUGUUUGUUUUUUUUUCAAUUGAAUGUUGAUGGGGAAAGUACAAAAUAAACUCAACCUGUUUUACUGUA